CAGGAGCAGACGGUGAGCCAUGUUGUGGGGGAGCGCCCACUCCGUGCCUUUGAAGGCUGUCUGCCGUGCUUGUCCAAUCAUAGUUCUGGCUGCAUGUUUGUAUGUGAAUUCUUGUAUUUCAUCAGAAAUGAUCAGUUCGCCAGAAUAUGUUAGCAGACUCGCAUACCAGCCGUAAUUUACGCCAGAAUUCCUGUCUGACACCUCGAUUUGUCUCUAAGGGGCUGGCGACCUCUAUCAAUGGGAAACGUAAAAGCUGGAGAAAGGCAAGUUGAGUUUAGUUUUCACUAUUCUAUUCUACAAAAUACAGUCAAGUUUCAGAGUAUCAUCUGUCACAUAAGCUGACUCCAUUUUAUUUUGAAAGGUUGAACAACAUGGAAUGGAACACGACAACGCUGCAAACGGGUGAUCUGAGGCAUCAUAUCCUGUCCCAGUCAGCGCAUGCUGUUCGACGCAUCACAAGAGCCACGUUAAGCAGGGUGAGAUGUGAGAGGCGGCGUCUUUUUGAGUUUGAGUGGAGGAAUAAAACUGCACUCCAGGACCAGGCGACUGUUUUCCGGAAAGGACUCUCCAGCUACUGGCGGGACUUGGCGCCGCUGCUCUCACUCGAUGCGACGCACGCCUCACAGCUGUUGGUUCCCCUCGCAUUCGAACGUAUGGGUAACCACGCAAGUGAUCAGCAACUCCACCGUUGGAUUAAGGACAUGAAACGUGUGAAAGACAUGCUGCGCACGAAAUCAACCGGAUGGUUACAGGACUUGCAAUUCGCCAGCAAACAGGUAGAGCACUACGAGGUGGAAGAAGACAAGGACAGGCCAGGGCAUGUGAUAAUCAGGACAUUGACAGGAGUUUAUGACGGCGGUGACGAAGCUACAGUGGUGGUGGAUGUGGUUGGAACUUCCUGCACCGGCAGUGGUGGGGGCGAUGGGGCGGGCCGCGGUUUGGGGCUGGCGACGGUGUUGGCGACAGAGCCAGCGACGCUGCUGGAGAGGGAGUCGACGGUGGCGCAGGUGGCGGCGACGGUGGUGGAGCAUUUGACGGAGGCAGUGGCGAAGGGGCUGCCAGACUACGGCUCUCUGUGA